CGCAUUAUUGGGCCAGCAGUUAGUACGUCCAAAAGUUUCGUUAGUUAGUCGCUCGCGAUAGGUGCGAUUGCAAAGAUGUUUUUGUCGGGCUAUUGGCUACAGGUGGUUCUCUCCUGGGCGGUGGUGGCCUUUGCCACUGCCACCGUGGUGGUGGCUGUGCAGAAUGCGAAGCUGGAGCAGGAUCUGCGGGACGUGCAGAGCAAGAUCGACAUAUUCGAGGAGUGGAACGGAGCAAAGAACCAGCGGGUGAAGCGGGAAGAUAGUAUUGAUUAUCGCCUGCCCACGGCUCUGGUGCCCACGCACUACGAGGUCUACUGGCAUCCGGACCUGGAAACGGGAACCUUCACUGGCCAGGAGAGGAUCAGCAUCACAGUGGUCGAGGCCACCAACCAGAUUAUCCUGCACUCAUACCUGCUUGAAAUCACGAGUGUCUAUGUCCUAAACCGUGAAGUGGAGAGCUUUGAGCUGGAGACGGAGCGCCAGUUCUUGAUAAUCACUCUAACACAGGAGCUGCCGGUGGAUGCCAGCAUCACCCUGGGCAUCAUAUUCAAUGGACAGAUGAAGGACAAGCUUGUGGGCCUCUACAGCAGCACCUACCAGAACGAGGCGGGAGCGCAGAGAAACAUAUCCACAUCGCAAUUCGAGCCCGUCUAUGCCCGCCAGGGAUUCCCUUGCUUUGAUGAGCCCGCAAUGAAGGCCACCUUUGCCAUAACAGUGGUUCAUCCCAGUGGCUCCUACCAUGCCAUCUCCAACAUGAAAGAAAUCGAAUCAAACUACUUGGGCGAUUAUACUGAGGCCAUCUUCGAGAGUACUGUAAAGAUGAGCACCUACCUGGUGUGCGUCAUCGUCUCCGACUUUGCCUCACAAGAAACAACGGUCAGGGCGAAUGGCAUCGGUGAAGACUUCUCCAUGCAGGCCUACGCCACGUCCCAUCAGAUCGACAAGGUGGAGUUUGCUCUGGAGUUUGGAGCAGCGGUCACGGAGUACUAUAUCCAAUACUAUAAGGUGGCCUAUCCCCUGACCAAGCUGGACAUGGCCGCCAUUCCCGACUUCUCCUCGAAUGCGAUGGAGCACUGGGGCCUGGUCACCUACCGGGAGACCGCUCUGCUUUACGACUCCAGUUACAGCUCUACUCUUAACAAGCAAUCAAUUGCCGGCGUCUUGGCCCACGAGAUUGCGCAUCAGUGGUUCGGUAACUUGGUCACCAUGCAGUGGUGGAACGACAUCUGGCUAAAUGAGGGCUUCGCCCGCUACAUGCAGUACAAGGGAGUCAACGCAGUGCACUCGGACUGGGGAAUGCUGGAACAGUUCCAGAUCAUCGCCCUGCAUCCCGUUCUGCUGUACGACGCCAAGCUUUCCUCGCAUCCCAUUGUGCAGCAGGUUGACACUCCCGCCGAGAUCAGUGCCAUCUUCGACACCAUCAGCUAUGAGAAGGGCGGCUCCGUGAUCCGCAUGCUGGAAACCUACGUGGGCGCCGAGAACUUCGAGGAGGCGGUGACCAAUUAUCUGGUGAAGCAUCAGUUCCAGAACACGGUAACCGAUGAUUUCCUCACCGAAGUAGACGCUGUGGUGCCCGCUUUGGGCGUUAAGAAGCUGAUGCUUACCUGGACCAACCAGAUGGGUUAUCCAGUGCUAAAUGUAUCGAAGACAUCCGCCGGUUUCCUGGUUACCCAGCAGCGAUUCCUCUCCAACCCAGCCAGCUACGAGGAGGAGCCCGAGGAUAGCGAGUUUGGCUAUAAAUGGAGUGUUCCUAUCACCUACACUGCCUCCACCUGGGAAGAUGGUAGUGUGAGCAGUGUGGUCUACGAUUACGAUGUGGACUCCGUGGGCAUUGCUUUGGACAGCGACAUUGAGUGGAUCAAGCUGAAUGUCCAUCAGACGGGCUACUACCGGGUCAAUUAUGAGGAGAGCCUCUGGACCCUGCUCAUCCAGCAGCUGACCACUGAUCCCAGUCGCUUCGACAUCGCCGACCGAGCCCACCUCCUUAACGAUGCCUUUGCCCUGGCAGAUGCCAGCCAGCUUUCGUACAUCGUGCCGCUGGAGAUGACCGGCUACCUGGCCCAGGAGCAGGACUUUGUGCCCUGGUAUGUGGCGGCCAACAAGUUGAUCGCCAUCCACCGCAGCCUCAUGUUCAGUGAGGGAUACGUGUCCUAUCUCACCUACGCCAGGAGCCUCCUAGCCAACAUUUACCAGGAGUUGGGCUGGACUGUAGAUGCCAACAAUCACCUGAGAAAUCGCUUGAGGGUCUCGAUCCUGUCCGCCGCCUGUGCCCUUGGCCUGCCCGAUUGCCUGGAGCAGGCUUCCACCCGCUUCAACGCCUUCCUGCAAAACCCCACGACCGCCAGGCCAUCGCCCGAUCUCCGAGAGAUCGUCUACUACUACGGCAUUCAGGAGUCCAGCAGCCAGUCUUCUUGGCAGCAGCUGUACGCUCUUUUCCUGGACGAAGCCGACGCCAGUGAGCGUGUUAAGAUGAUGUACGGUCUGGCGGGCUCUCGAGAUGCCCAGACACUGUUCAACUUCUUGGAUCUGGGCUACGACGAGAGCAUCGUGCGCUCGCAGGACUACUUUACCCUAGUGCAAAACAUUGCUGCCAAUCCGGUGGGUGAGCCCGUAGUGUGGGAGUACUACCGCGAGCAUUGGCCCGAGCUCUCGGCGCGCUUCACCCUGACAAACAGGAAUUUUGGCCGCCUGAUUUCCCAGAUCACUCAGAACUUUGCCGGCACCGUGAAGCUAGAGGAGGUGCAGCAGUUCUACGCCAAGUACCCGGAGGCCGGAGCCGGAGCCAACUCCCGGCUGGAGGCCGUCGAGACGAUCAAGUACAACAUCGAGUGGCUGGCCAGGAACCGCGCUGACAUCACCGACUGGCUGAGCGGCACCGCCUCGCCGCUGCUGACCGCGAAAAACCAAUUGUAAAACCCAAAACAAGCCAAUUGGGCACUAAUUAGAAUUGCAUAAGCCUGUGAAAUUUCCGCUUGAGUUCAAUAAAAUAAAAUUCCAAAUCAAACCAUAAA